GUAAACUUGAUAAAGGUGUAUUAUAAAGUUUUGGUUUUUUUUUUCCUUACACUUCUUCUUUCAUAUUUAAUUUAUUUAUGAAAUAAAAAAAAAAUGGAUAACCAACAACCAUCAACAGGCAACUUAAAAGAUAUUCAAAAGGACCAUCAAUUAGGUCAAAGAUCAAGUAAUAGUAAUUUUUCCAACCAAAAUAGCUCAUUGAUGGAUCGAAGAUUAUCAAAUAAAAAAGGUGAAGAGGAAUUUAUUACUCCUAUGCCAAUUGGAGCUGAAAGAAUGGCUGCUUUAAGAGAUUUAGGUGCUACAUUUGAAGAAGGAAAACGAUCUAUUGCUAAAGUAGCAACACCCACUGAAACUAUCGUUCCCAGUUUUGUUGAUUCUGAUCAUCUUGAAGCACUAUUACGUCAAAAGAAAAAACCAAGUUUAAAAGAUACUUGCAAAGAAACCGUUGUAUGAAAUAUAAUAAACUGUAUAUAAACUCGCU